AUGAACGGCGGCAUUGUCCAGACCUUCAUUGACAUUUGUGAUGCCGAGGGCAUGCUUCAAUUCGCGCCGGCCGAUUUCGAUUGGAAUCAGCCUUUAGGGAAUGAUACACCGCCACCGCUUUUGUAUGCGAUCUUUCGUUUCUGGAGGCUAGAGGCGAUGGAGGCGACGAGAAGGCUGGAGGUGAUCGACAGGAUCCUACAAGCCGGCGCAGAUCCGCUGCGUGAAUGUCCUUCGGGCCUGAAAAUCACGGUAAAAAAAAAACAACGAACCCUUCCAAGUAUGUCGGCAGUGCAUUGUGUUUGUACCUUGCACAAAAAAAUACAACACCUGGGGGAUGCAAAUCCGAAGCGAAAGUUUCAGCGAAAGUUUCUGGAAGAUGUCCUGGCGCUCAUGAAGCAGGCCAAAGGCCCGAAGGUAAAGAAAGCUUCGGUGCAUGAGGCCGUCGUCAACCUGUGGGAGUCUGUCCGAGAGAUGAGUUCCACACACAACGUGAUCUUCGAAACCUCAGACGGUGAGGUUUCUGCGCAUGACCAUAUCCUGAUGGCCGCCUCGCCUGUUCUUAAGGCCAUGCUCCAGUCCGCCAUGAAAGAGGGCAAAGACAAGCGAGUUCAAGUGUGGGAUUCCACGAAGUGCGGUAUGACGCUCUUCCUGGAUGUGCUGUAUACGAGUUCUACAUGCCUCGAACUCCAGUACAAGACCAUACUCGAAGCCUUCGACCUGGCCCACCGCUGGCAAGUGCAGCAUGUCACAGACAUCCUAACAGAGACGCUGAAAGGGGAGAUCCGCGUUGAGAGCUUUGCGGAGAUCGCCGAAGCCGCCGUCCUCAAG